AUGGAUAAAGAGGCUCCGAUGAACGAGACUUUGCGAGCAAUUUCCAAGGCUCGCCAAGAGGGAAAGUAUUCAGAUCUCCUCCUCGCCUGUGAAGACGAGAAGAUGCCCGUCCACAAGAUAAUCGUGUGCCCCCAAUCUCCCGUUAUCGACAAGGCAUGCAACGGCCCAUUCAAGGAGCGAGAAACAGGGAUUUACGAGAUCAAAGAUGCUUCCAUCGACACAGUUCGGUCCAUGAUCGACUACAUGUACACGCGCCAGUAUUCACCAACGACGCAACCAGACUCGGUUGAACCAUCCGGCGCUAGUUACCCCAUUGUCUUUCAUGCAAGAAUGUUUGAGCUUGCAGACAAGUACAUGGUUGUCGGGCUUCAAACGUUGGCUGCGUCCGAGUUCAACAAGGCGAUCGAGCAAGAGACGGAUGUCUGCAAGUUUCUGCGAUCAGUACCCGAGAUAUACUCCCUGGCUAGCACGGCAAGCGAUAAGCUCCGAGAAGCUGUAGUUUGGGAGUUUCGAUGCUGGAUAGCAUGCCAAGAAUUCGACGCUACCGUCAAGGAGGUUUUGCGUGAAGUAAUUGGAAAAGUGCCCCAGUUUACUGAGGAGCUUUUGGACUCAUUUCUAGACAGCACGCUUCUAGAUGAAUGCUCCUGUAGCGAAGGCCGCACGAAGCGAAUUCGGAGAGCACUCGAUAUGCCUAAAUGCGACGUUUGCGGGCACUACUGUCCUCGCGUCCGGGUCAACGCAUCAUGA